GCCGCCUUCCGCGUGGACCGCGCCGACUACCGCAGCUCGCACGCGGGGCCCGCGCAGCGCGUCGUGGCCCACUUCUACGCCAAACGCCUGACCCUGGAGCAGCUGCUGGCCGUGGAGGCCGGCACCACGCAGGCCAAGGACCACGGCCUGGAGGUGCUGGGCCUGGUGCGGGUGCCCUUGUACACUCUGCGGGAUGGCGUGGGGGGCCUGCCUGCCUUCCUGGAGAAUUCUUUCAUUGGAGCCGCCCGUGAGCAGCUUCUCGAAGCCCUGCAGGACUUGGAACUGCUAGAGCCUGGCUCUGUGUCCCGCCUUAAGAUCCCAGCCCGUCAUUAGAGGCGACCUCUGUGGACCCGUGGAUCCUGACAUGAGGACCUUGGUACUGGGAGGGAAGGGCAGUGCUUUUCCUCCUGGGCCUGAGACAGGCUAGAAAGAAGGAAGAGUGUGCAGGAGAGGCUCUGAGCAGGGGCCCUGCACUCAUGCCGGCAAGGCAAAGGGCCACCACUCAUCCCAGGGCCCUGGCUGCUCUGGAAGACCACCUCCUCCCUGGGACCCCCGGCAUGCAGGUGUGCACCCUGCAGCCACCCUGCCCCACCCCGUGCUGUUUAAGCAGGAAGACUCAUUCGUGGGGGCCUUGUCAUACCCCACUCCUGGCUGGGGAGGAGCUGGAGAAGCAGGGAAUGUCCUCACGUGGCUGCCCUGCCCGGGCCUGUUGGAGGACCCUCUGCUCCCUGCGGUGACAGGCACGCUCGUCGAGCAGUGACCAGAGCCGUGACCAAACCACUGCCCUACCCGGCCCCCCACCCUGUCAGCUCCUGAACAGGGUCCUGAGGACGCGGCUUGGUCUUCAGCUGAGUGUGGGCUUGAGCCCUGUGAGCCCAAGUGCCUCUCCUCCGGGAGGUCGUGUUUGGCAUGCCCCAGACUCAGGAAAUCUGAAGGGAACUGACUCUGCCCCGCCCUGCCCCAGAGAGCCUCCCAGUAGAGAAUGGCCAAUAGCCG